GGACUAUUGAGCUGACUAAAAAAUACACAGCAAUCAGGACUUUAUGAGUAUAAAAUCUUCGGUGGUCUUGCUGACUGUCCCCCAAAACUGUGUGUGGAUGUCUAUAUGGACUUAGCUUUCAGAAAACAAUGGGAUCAGUAUGUUAAAGAACUGUAUGAGAAAACAUAUGAUGGUGAAAACGUAAUCUACUGGGAAGUGAAAUACCCUUUUCCUCUCUCAAACAGAGAUUAUGUCUAUAUUCGUGAAUGUCGAGAGAUGGAUGUUGAUGGGCGGAAGAUCUGGGUUGUGUUAGCUCAAAGUGUGUCUGUUCCUCAGUGCCCUGAAAAGCCUGGUGUUAUCAGAGUUAAAAGCUAUAAACAAAGUCUGGCAAUUGAAAGUGAUGGCAAGACUGGAUCUAAAGUCUAUAUGUACUAUUUUGAUAAUCCUGGUGGCAUGAUUCCAUCCUGGCUGGUCAAUUGGGCUGCCAAGAGUGGUGUGCCUACUUUCUUGAAGGAUAUGCAAAAAGCUUGCCGUAAUUAUUCUAAGAGCACAUAGGUCAAAGUUGAUCUUAAUUGUUUAAUUCCUAGAGCUCUGCACUUACAGGAUUGGCUAUUAUAUAUUACACUGGAUAAAAUCUACCUCUAA